GCACUCGCUCUCCAUCUCAUCUGAUGCUCGGUCUCUGUGAUUGGACAUCCUGAGAAGGAUGACUGGGAAAACUCAAACCAGCAAUAUAACAAACAAGACAGAUCCUCGCUCACUGAAUUCCAGAGUGUUCAUUGGUAACCUCAACACUGCUGUGGUCAAGAAAACUGACAUUGAGCUCAUUUUUGCCAAGUAUGGGAAGAUCACCGGCUGCUCUGUGCACAAGGGCUUUGCUUUCGUCCAGUAUGUCUGCGAGAGGAACGCUCGAUCGGCUGUGGCUGGUGAGAACAGCAGGAUACUGGCUGGACAGACCUUAGACAUUAACAUGGCUGGAGAACCACGUCCUUACAGGCCAAAAGUGGGAUCCAAGCGACCUUUCUCCUUAUACAGUGGCUAUGAAUUUGAUUAUGAUUUCUACAGGGAUGAUUUCUAUACCAGAAUUUUUGACAUUCAUGGAAGACUAGCACCCUCCCCUCGGGCUAUGAUACCUAUCAAGCAUUCCCAUUUGAUUGCACUCUCAACACGCAGGGCAAAAAACUCAUUCCAGCCAAAGAUGUCCACCUGCUCUUCUUAUCUAAGAACGCUGUCUUCAGGUUCCUUAUGCUCUAUGGUGAAAUCCGAUCAGCUCCUGACAAUCAAACAAGAACUGUCCCAGAUAAAGAUUAAGAUCGACUCCUUACUGGGAAGGCUAGAGAAGAUUGAACAGAAGCAGUUAGCCGAAGCAGACACCCACAGGAAACACGAGAAGGCCUAUCAAUCGCUCUAUAGUGAGACAGAAGAGGAUGUGGAUCAGGAACAUCAGGAAGCGGGGUCUUGGGAAGGGACUGAUGAAGGUGAUGAUGGAUAUAAUGACAGGGCUAACAGUGAACUGAUAGAAAACCACAUAUCUGAUGUAGACAACUGAGCAAGGACUGGGACCAGCACACCUAUCAAGUUUACUAUUUUUGGAAGAUAUCCAAAUCGAAUUGUUCACCCUUUCAUGUCUAUUUAUUUAUUUAUAUGCAUUUUUCAUUCAUUCAACUGGUCAUACAUGCACAUACAUGAGUAUGUAUAGUCAGACAAAAUGAAAGGAUGAAAA